AUGGAAAGAAAAAUUGAAAUCGAAACACCUAUAGGUAAAUAUAAUGUAUGGACAAAAUGUAUUGGUAAGAAUUCGAAACUGAAAUUAUUAUUAUUGCAUGGUGGUCCUGGUGGUAAUCAUGAGUUAUUUGAAUGCUUCGAAAAUUAUCUUCCACAAGAAGGUAUUGAAAUAUAUUAUUAUAAUCAACUUGGUUCUUAUUUAAGUGAUCAACCAAAAGAUAAUAGUUUAUGGACAAUAGAAAGAUUUGUUGAUGAAGUUGAACAAGUUCGAAAAUCACUUGGAUUGAAUAAAGAAAAUUUUAUUCUUUAUGGUCAUAGUUGGGGUGGUAUUUUAGCUAUUGAAUAUGCUUUAUUAUAUCAAGAUAAUUUAAAAGGUUUAAUUAUAAGUAACAUGAUCAGCAGUUGUUUACAUUAUUCAAAAUAUGUAGAUAAUGUUUUAUGUAAAGAAAUUGAUAAAGAUAUAUUAAAAACUAUAAAACAAUUAGAAGAAAAUAAUGAUUAUCAAAAUCCAAUGUAUAUGGAACUAUUGAUGCCACAUUUUUAUAACAAAUUUUUUUGUCGUUUACAACCAUGGCCUGAAGUAUUUAAUCGUGCUUUUACACAUUUAAAUAAUGAUAUAUAUUAUUUAUUACAAGGUCCAUCAGAAUUGUCCAUAACAGGAAAAUUAUCUACUUGGAAUAGAACAGAAGAUUUAAUUCAUAUUAAAGUACCGACACUUAUCAUUGGAGCUAAAUAUGAUACUAUGGAUCCAGAAUAUAUUAAAUCAAUGGCUAAUCAAAUGGAAAAUGCUUCGUAUUUUAUUUGUUCUAAUGGAAGUCAUUGUUCAAUGUGGGAUGAUCAACAAUAUUAUUUCUCUCGACUUAUUCAAUUCAUUAAAAAUCUUGAUAAUCAACAACAACAAGAUGUCCUUUCAGAAAACAAAUGA